AUGGCAGUUCGUCGACUGCAGUCCUUGGAGCGUAAGCUAGCAAGGAGACCUUCGUUGCAGGAACGAGUUCGAGAACAAAUUGGUGACUAUUUGCAGAAAGGCUAUGCCCACAUGGCAACGCAUGCAGAAUUGGAGGGUGCGGAUCGUAAACGUACGUGGUUCUUGCCGCUAGGAGUCGUCGUUCAUCCCAAAAAACCCAAUAAAGUGAGACUGGUGUGGGACGCAGCCGCGACGGUAAAUGGAGUCUCCUUUAACUCUAAACUUUUGAAGGGUCCCGACCUACUUACUCCAUUGCCGGCAGUCCUUAGCAGCUUCCGUCAAUUUCCCGUUGCAGUUUGUGGUGACAUCAAAGAGAUGUUUCACCAGCUCACAAUUCGCGAACAAGAUCGUUUGGCGCAGUGUUUUCUUUGGCGGAACAGUCCUGCAGAACCUAUUCGGAUAUAUAUCAUGGACGUAGCUACAUUUGGGGCAACUUGUUCUCCUGCUGCUGCGCAAUACGUCAAAAACCUCAACGCGCAAGAGUUCGCCGAAGUCUAUCCACGUGGGGCUACUGCUAUUCAAAAAAAACAUUAUGUCGACGACUAUUUGGAUAGUUUCCCGAGCGUCGAAGAGGCUACAGCUGUAGUGAAAGAGGUAAAACUAAUUCAUUCGCAAGGGGGUUUCGAAAUUCGUGGCUUCAGAUCAAAUUCGUUGGAACUUCUGCGCCUAAUAGGGGAAUCAACUGCGGGUGUACCGAAAAACUUGGCGUUAGAAAGAAAUGCCACCACCGAGUCUGUGCUUGGAAUGACCUGGAACCCUGACGAUGACUGUUUCUCCUAUUCAUUCAAUCUGCGGGACGAUUUAGGAUUUAUACUCGACGCAACGCACAAUCCUACUAAACGAGAGGUUCUCAAGGUAGUGAUGAGUCUUUUCGAUCCACUCGGACUUGUCUCACACUUUCUCGUCCAUGGGAAAGUAAUCAUCCAAGGAACCUGGGCAGCUGGAACUGGAUGGGACGAGCCUCUCAACGAAGAUCUCAUCAUAAAACAGCGUCGAUGGGUAGCUCUCUUCUCGAAGCUCAACGAUUUGAAGAUUCCCCGCUGCUACUUUAGGCAUUUUCCGUUGAAUUUCGGUGAUCUGCAAGUCCAUACAUUCGUGGACGCCAGCGAUAUCGCCUAUGCUUGUGCGGUGUAUUUUCGAUUAGUACAUGGUGAUCGUGUACAAGUAGCACUGGUAGGCGCUAAGAGCAAGGUGGCUCCCUUGAAGACGUUGUCCACUCCCCGACUCGAACUGAAGGCCGCGCUACUUGGAGUACGAUUCGCUGCAGCGGUUCUUGAAUAUCACUCGCUUCCUGUGUCUAAACGGUUCUUCUGGAGUGAUUCAACAACAACUUUGGCUUGGAUUCGAUCAGACCAUCGUAGAUUUCACAAGUUUGUAUCGGUACGAGUUGGCGAAAUCUUAACAUUGAGUGAACCACAUGAAUGGAGAUGGGUACAAUCUAAGCUUAAUGUUUCCGACGACGCGACGAAGUGGAAGGAUGGUCCAAAUCUUGAUUCUAGUAGUCUUUGGUUUAAAGGACCUGGAUUUCUACAACAGGAAGAAACGCUUUGGCCAGAGCAAAGGAUUACAACUACAACUCACGAAGAAGUCCGGCGUGUACAAACACACUGGAAUCCUGUACCAUUGAUAGAUUACUCUCGAUUCAACAAAUGGAUCAAGCUGCAGCGUACAACUGCGUAUAUCUUUCGGUUCAUCGACAGCGCACGUCGGAAUAAUGUCGGUCAGAAGUUGCAGCGGGAGAUUCUGUCUCAAGAAGAGCUGGCACGAGCGGAAGUAGCCCUGUGGAAAAUGGCGCAAACGGAGGCGUUUCCAGAAGAACGAAUCAAACUGGCAAAAACGAGUGGUUCACCAGACGCCAAACAUGCCACUGUACUCAAGUCCAGCUUAAUCUACAAAACUUGGCCAUACAUGGAUGUCCAGGGAAUCCUACGAAUGCGAGGCCGCAUAGGAGCAGCGGAUUACCUACCAUUCCAAGCGAGAUAUCCAGUGAUCCUGCCUAAACUGCACGCAGUAACGACCUUGAUCGUGUCUUGGUUUCAUGGCCAUUAUCGUCACGCCAAUCGAGAAACCGUGGUCAACGAACUGCGACAACGUUUCGAGAUUUCAAAGCUGAGAUCUCUAGUGCAACGAGUGACAAAGACCUGCGUAUGGUGUCGACUUAAUAAAGCCACUCCAAAACCACCGGUAAUGGCUCCUCUCCCUGAAGAAAGAUUGCAACCCUUUGUCCGCCCCUUCACAUACGUCGGCCUGGAUUAUUUUGGACCGGUAUUCGUCAAAGUGGGUCGAAGUCAAGCAAAACGUUGGAUCGCUCUUUUCACGUGCUUUUCCACUCGAGCCGUACACAUGGAAGUAGUCCACGGUCUGUCCACAGAAUCGUGCAUCAUGGCGAUCAGAAGAUUCGUUUCGCGCCGCGGUUCACCUGCCGUGUUCUAUUCGGACAAUGGUACCUGUUUUCAAGGUGCCAACAAGCAGUUAGAGGAAGAGAUUAAGUCCAGAAACGACAAAAUUGCCACGACGUUCACGAAUUCCGAUACCAAAUGGAAGUUCAUUCCGCCUGCCACUCCCCAUAUGGGUGGCGUGUGGGAGCGCUUGGUGAAGUCGGUGAAGACAGCUAUUGGUUCAGCCUUAGAUCAUCCACGUAAACCUAAUGACGAAACUCUGGAAACUAUUAUCUUCGAGGCCGAGGCGUUAGUGAACUCUAGACCACUGACAUACAUUCCUUUGGAGUCCGCGGACCAAGAGUCGCUGACACCGAAUCACUUCCUUUUGGGAAGUUCAACGGGAAACAAGAUCGAACCAGCCGACGUUGACGAACGCUCUACACUUCGUAACAGUUGGAAGAUGGCUCAGCAUAUUACUGGAGAGUUUUGGAAGAGAUGGAUUAAGGAGUUUCUGCCGAUUCUAACACGACGAAGCAAGUGGUUCGAGGAUACCAAGGACCUGGUUGAAGGAGACUUGGUUCUCGUCGUGAACGGGACCAAACGAAAUCAAUGGAUCAGGGGACGAGUGGUAACAACCUAUGCCGGACGCGAUGGGCGUGUCCGCCAAGCGUUGGUACGAACGGCAAAUGGGCUUCUGCGGCGGCCUGCUGUAAGGCUUGCGGUGUUGAACGUCGGAGAAGAGCGCAAACCUACGAAUCCACAAGAGAAUCUAGGGUGUCACCUAGGUUUACGGGAGGGGGCAUGUGCCGACAACACCCCUCGGUUCAGCGGCGUAGUCACCGACGAAGAUCGCUUUCCGACAGGCCAUGUUGGAACGUUGUGUCAACAGCUGAAGUACGAGUGA